UCGAUAUCAAAAAGACAAGCCCGCCUGGUCGACACACAGUUUGACCACUUCACUCCCUCGAACUUUUUAAAGACGAGAGUCAGCCAUCCCGGCAUUCCGAGCGCGCAAUCGCCUAAAACAGAACCACAUCCUUCACCGCACGCACACACACAACAAAAUGUUCGCCAACGGCCUCACCACUGGCGUCCUCGCCACCCUCCUCGCUGGCGGCCAUCUCGCGGCUGCCCACAUGGAGAUCCAGUACCCGGCGCCGUUCCGGUCCAAGUUCAACCCCAACGCCGUCAACAUCGACUACACCAACACGGCGCCCCUCGCGUCCGACGGUUCAAACUACCCGUGCAAGGGCUACCAGUCUGACCUGGGCACCCCCGCCGGUAAGCCCACGGCGACCUUCGCCCCUGGCGGCACCUACAACUUCACCGUUGUCGGCGGCGCGCCCCACGGCGGCGGCUCCUGCCAGGUCAGCUUGAGCUACGACAAGGGCAAGACCUUCACCGUCAUUCAGUCCAUCGAGGGCGGCUGCCCCCUGUCGUCCAACUACGACUUCACCAUCCCCUCGGAUGCCCCGCAGGGCGAGGCCAUCUGGGCGUGGACGUGGAACAACGAGAUCGGCAACCGCGAGUUCUACAUGAACUGCGCCGCUGUCACCAUCGGCGGCAGCAGCUCCAAGCGCGAGGCCGACGAGGUCGAGAAGCGCGCCAGCAGCACCCCCUUCAGUCAGCGCCCUCCGGUCUUCGUCGCCAACCUCAACAACGGCUGCACUGUCGCCGAGGGCGUUGACGUCGAGUACCCCAACCCCGGCCCUGACGUGGUUAAGAGCGGCAGCAAGCUGGGCCCGCCCCAGGGUAACUGCGGUGCUACUAGCUCCAGCGGCUCCGGCUCUGGCUCUAGCUCUGGUUCCGGCUCCGGCUCCAGCUCUGGUAGCGGCAGUGGCAGCGGAACCAGCGCUCCGAGCUCCGCCGCGCCGGCCACGACGGCUGCCGCCUCCCCUGCCGCGUCAUCGUCUCUCCCUGGUGGCGUCUUCGUCACCGUCCCCAGCCAGGCAGCCACCAGCACCACGGCCGCGGCCGCCGCCCCGACCACCCUCGUCGUCUCGACGGUGGCCUCGUCGGCCAGCGCGCCCAUCGCCACCGGCACCACCGGCUCCGGCUCCGGCUCUGGCUCCAGCGGCUCCUCCGCGGGCGGCUUCGCCCCCGGCACGGCCUGCAGCAACGAGGGCCAGUGGAACUGCAUCAACGGCACGACGUUCCAGCGCUGCGCCAGCGGCGUCUGGUCCGCCGUGCAGGCCGUCGCCCCGGGCACCUCGUGCACCGCCGGCCAGAGCGACUCCUUCUCCGUCAAGGCCGCCGCCAGCCGCCGCCACGCGCGCUUCCGUGCCUCCGCCAAGCUCCGCCUGGCUGCUUAGGCUUUUUCUUUUGUUUGUCGGCGCUUCGGCGAACAGAGAAGGAGAAACUUUCGAUUCGUUUUUCUCUGGAGCUGUGCUUGCGUCGGCGGCUAGCUAGGCUUCGCGCGCGCUCCGCUUUUCUUUCGCUUGGGUGGUUGGAUUUUGGGAGGACGGC